AUGCUGAAGACCUAUUGUUUUUUCCCUUUGUUCUCACUUGAUCGGAUUGAUGAUAAGCAGCAGCACGAGUAUCAAACUCGCUCUCAUUUAUAUAUGGUUAGUUUGGUGUCAAAUUCUUCGCAAAGAAAGUAUACAUUUGCUAAAGAAAGGUGGCGAGGCCAAUGGACAGCAGCAGAAGACCAAAAACUUGCACAGGUUAUUGAAAUCCAUGGCCCAAAGAGAUGGAAAUCAGUUGCAGCCAAAGCAGGUCUGAAUAGAUGUGGGAAGAGUUGCAGGUUAAGAUGGAUGAAUUAUCUGAGGCCAAACAUCAAGAGAGGCAAUAUUUCAGGCCAAGAAGAGGACUUGAUACUCAGGCUGCAUAAACUCCUAGGAAACAGGUGGUCUUUGAUUGCGGGGAGAUUACCUGGUCGGACUGAUAAUGAAAUAAAGAACUAUUGGAAUUCUCAUUUGAGCAAGAAAAUAAAGCAAGAUGAAAGACAAAUUAGAGUUUCAACGGAACCAGAGUCUAAGACAGUGAAUCUGGGCACACAAAAAACAAGUGAAGAAGAAAUAACUUCUAAUGAAGAUGAGGAUUCAAAAUAUAGUUUAUUUAGAGAUGAGUUCUUGGAUGGCUAUAACAAGGAGCCUCUAAACUUGGAGUGGAUGAGUAGAUUUUUUGAAAUGGACGAGAAUUGGUAUAUGUUUUCAUGA